GACCCACCUUGCAUCGCAUGAUAAGACCAACAGCUGCGCGACCGCUCGCGUCGUUGGCGCUGAUAACGCCGCGCGGCGGCAUCCGUCACUCCAACAAUUGCGAACUUUCGUAGCUAUUAAUUACGCGUUUCUAUUAUCUCGCCAUACGACAUGACUAGCGGUCAGCAUCCGAUCGAUUAGUUCAUUACCUGACCGCGGCAGAAGAGCAUCAUGACCGAGCAAAAGAGCGCCGAGCCAGCCUUCCUGCAGCUCAGUGAGCUAGCAUCGGAAAGUAGUGGUGGCCGAAUCUUGUUUGCCACAGACGAUUGGUUUGCUCCGGCAGAAUGGAUGCUGAAGGACUCCGAGCCUGUAUUUAUCGCCGAUAAAUAUACUCCCUUUGGCAAGUGGAUGGAUGGCUGGGAAACCAGACGUAAACGGUCCGCGGGCCACGAUUGGUGUAUCGUUCGGUUGGCAGCACUGAGCACUGUGAAAGGAAUUCUUGUUGAUACGGCGUAUUUCACGGGGAAUUAUGCACCGAAGUUUUCAUUGCAAGGUGCCAGAUUGGGUCGAUCGAAGGAAGAUUUAAUUCCGGAACGCGGACGAGAGAUGAUCGGCACAGCAUGCAGUCAGAAGGAAUUGGAGCUGAUGGCUGGCUUAGGCAGCGAAGACUGGAUUGAAGUGGUGGGGAUGACACAACUGAAACCGGGCUACGAAGCCACUAGAAAGCAAUAUUUAACUGUCGACGGUUGCAAUGAAGCAUUUACUCAUUUGAGGGUUAAUAUAUUUCCUGACGGCGGAAUAGCGAGGUUGCGGGUGUUCGGUGAGGUGCAGCCCGAUGUGAAAGCUUUGCUAGCGGGUGGAAAUUUGGUGGACCUAUUGGGAAUGUUGAACGGAGGCCAGUGUCUAAGUUUUUCCAACGCCCAUUAUGGUCAUCCACGGAAUCUGAUCAAACCAAACCGGGGUGUCAACAUGGGUGAUGGCUGGGAAACCGCUCGAAGGCUCGAUCGUCCGCCGGUUUUAAAAAUCGACAAACACGGUAUCCUCCAAGUGCCUGGCUGCGAGUGGGCUAUUUUUAAAUUAUGCGCGAAAGGAACGAUAGAGAAGAUCGUGGUCGACACCAAUCACUUUAAGGGUAACUUUCCAGAUAAUGUGAAAAUCGAAGCUACGCUGUUGGAUACGAAUCGGACACUCCAAUCGGCGCAAUGGAAGGUGCUGCUGGGAAGCAGCAAACUAGCAGCCCACCGGGAGCAUGUAUUCCAGGAGGAGAGCCUGCAGUUCCGUGGACCGUGCAAUCACAUCAGAAUCACUAUGGCACCGGAUGGCGGCAUUUCAAGGGUUCGACUCUUUGGCAGAGUAUUGUAAUUUUUUCUUUACUAAAUAUGUCAGCACUGUUACUGACAGAAAGUAGUCUAAUUAAAUUUUCCUAGCAGAUAAAUGUUGAUUGCCUGUCUGUUUGCUUAGCUGAUAGGCGAGAAUUAUUUAAUUUCUGCACAGUUUCGCACAGUCGGUCUUAUCAGCGCACGGACCAAAAUAGACUUUUAUUUGAGUGCCAAAAAAGCUGAAGUUGUUUCCUGGUGGUGAGACUUGCUUUUCCACUCUCUUAAUUGCGUAUCAAUUGUAGGUAGUUGAAAUGUGUUUGUAGUUUAAGUAAACUUACCACUGCGUAAAACUUUCCGAAUCAAUCACUAAACUAGUUAUCAGUUUGUUUACACUUUCGAAACGAGUCGAGAAUAAUAAAUAGGAAAACAACUAAAAGCAGAAUUUACCAGUUCACUUUCACCGGAUUACAUCUGUUUACAAGCCUUUCUCAAUUAUGUUUUACUAUAAUCAAUAAAAAUAUCU